CAUAAUUUUGCCUUGCCCAACCAAAGCAAAACUCAACCAAACAGCUGCUCUUUACCUUUCUUUAUUCGUUUUCUGGUGCGGAACUCAAAACUGCCACUUACCUGGUUUGUUACCAUUGGACUAAACAUAGAUAAUAUAGCACAUUCAUGGUGGUUUUAAGUCUCCAAGUAGUUCAGUUUUCUUCUCCUCAACAUCUGUUAGUAAAAAGACAAAGAACUGGAGGCUUUAUCCGUUGUGGCAUUGCUGAGCCAUCCGGGGAGCCAGCUCCCAUGGGACAGAAAACAAAGUACAAUGAUGGGUUCUUUGAGAAGGCAUUUAUGACAUUAUUUGCGCGCAAGAUGGAGAAGUUUGCAGCUCCAUUGAAAUCUGGGACGGAAUUUAAAAAAAAGGGAUGGUUUGAUUAUGACUACGAGAGUUUUGUGGACGUUUCAAAAAGAGUAAUGCAAGGAAGGUCAAGAAUGCAGCAACAAGAAGUGGUUAGGGAAGUCCUCUUGUCCAUGCUCCCUCCUGGUGCGCCAGCUCAGUUCAGAAAAUUAUUUCCACCAACAAAAUGGGCUGCAGAAUUCAAUGCUGCAUUGACAGUGCCUUUCUUCCACUGGUUGGUUGGACCUUCUGAGGUUGUGGAAGUGGAGGUAAACGGAGAGAAGCAAAAAAGUGGAGUUCAUAUAAAGAAGUGUAGGUACCUGGAGAAUAGUGGGUGUGUUGGAAUGUGCGUAAAUAUGUGCAAGAUUCCUACUCAAGAUUUCUUCACCAAUGAAUUUGGUCUUCCAUUGACCAUGAUUCCCAAUUUUGAAGAUAUGAGUUGUGAAAUGGUGUAUGGCCAAGCUCCACCCCCAAUUGAAGAGGAUCCAGUAUUCACCCAGCCCUGUUUUGCAGAAAUUUGUUCAGUGGCAAACCCCAGCUCCCCUGUUUGUCAUAAAUUACAAGCUUGAGGAUUUUUACUUCCUAUAGGUUAAUUUAUCACUGGAAAUACAUAAAUUAUUUCAUGUCAUAAGCACCUCCAAGGUCUAUCUGCCUUGGCCAUUUAUACAGUAUACAAGAUAGGUAUUUAUCUUUAAAGUUCAAUCAGCUUGAAGAAGAUAUAGUGUUGUUUGAAACAGUCAUUUACAUAAUUUUUGUUAAUUAUAUUCAUGGUCUUGAAUUAA